AUGCUCAGCCUCAUGCGCCCGCAAUCCUCUUGGGCUUGCGCGGGUCUUGCUCCGUUGGAGCCUCCAAGCGAUCUGCAGCGCAAUUGCACCGUCAGCCCACGCGCCGAGAGCCGGUCCCUGGCUUGUUUCAUCCUCGACAGCAGGGGUCAGGCCAGGUUGACCUCAACCUCACCCCGUCCUACGCCAUCGCCGACGCCACACUCUCCCUAUCCGCCUGCCAGCCCUGAACUUCAGCACGGACGAAGCUUCAUGCGCUCCACUCCCGAGCCUGACAGCAAAACCCCCUACCGGCCUGGAAAUGACAUGUGCCUCGUUCAUCGCGGCGCGGGAGGAGCCGUCGCAGCAUGCACUUCUGCCAAAGGACCUGCACCUGUGCGGUCGGGGAUGUGGAAAAGCAGCAUUUUGUCCCCCGUUUCCAGGGGUUCGGACGUGCGACGCCUGCAUGAAAUAACUGCCAGGCCCUUCACCGGUGAGCAAGUGAAUCGCCCACCUCUUGGGGAGAAAGGUGACAAGUGA